ACCGCGGACGGCUCAAAAAAGAGGAAGCCGCCGACGUUCCGCCACCUCCCAGAAAAUCGCGCCAAGAAGCUCAAGCACUCGUGGGUCGAGACGCAAAAGAUCAAGAGCCAGUGGAAGGCACAGAAGCGAAAGGAGGGCAUUGUAACCAAAAGCAGUCAGAUCGAGGCAUUAGUGGCGGAUCAUCACGAAGAC